CGUACAGAUUUAGGGUUGCUCAAUUCUUUGGCUCAGUUCGCGGGCUCGGCCCAGCUGAGUUCACCUGUCAAAAAAUGACAUCGCUUAAUGUUCGGCAAACUCAUCCGUCAAUGUUUCAACACUCACAACUAAUGCGCACUCCGUUCUGUUGAUUAUCGAAAUCAUUCGGUGCAGGAGAAGCUGUCGCAAGCGGCCCAGCUUAUACCCGUAAUAGCUGCUUUCUGAUCAUCCGGCUUGGGAUUCGGGAAUCUGACGAGUAUGCACAGACUCUCCUUGCUCUUGAACGUUCGCAGCCGUCCAACUCGCCAACUCCAAGUAGUACUCCCAGUGCCUUUCGUGCUCCCAACGCUUCGUUCGUGCCACCAUCCCAUAUCGAUAGCGAGCAGCAUGUGUGAAGCAGCGGAGCUGCUGGCCACGAUGUUGGGGGACUUUGUACCUAAGCGAUCAAUCAAUGGUAUACCCGAGGAUGGUUCGAACUUUUCUGUCUGGUAUGGGAAGAGUCCGAAGGUUGAUCGUGCAGUUGCACGUCACUCAGCUGCCCCAGUUUCUGAUGGCAGUGGUUUUGAGAACGAGUGUGUGGGUCCAUUGAUGCCGUCACAAGGAAAGGCCUCUCAUAUGGUAUCGGAGCCGAAGUUCAAGCCUGCGGCAAAAUCCAGGUCACAGACAGCUGUGUCAAUGGCAACAAUAGACGAGUUUCUGAAGCAGAAGGGUGAGUUGGACCAACAACGUUUUGAAGCUCAGCAAGAAUGGUUUGCUCGGGAGGUCAAUUGAGCAGAGCGCAUGUCAAAGAUUGAGAUUGCUCGUGCUGUGCUAUCAGCUCCCUCUACUGAAGUUGAUCCUGAUGUGAAGGUUGCAGCAAAUGGGUUCCUUUACCGCUUCUUUGAUACUUAACAUUCACACUACUAUUAGUUACCACUAGUUCGUGCAUCCCCACAUCUCGUGCAUCGUUUAAAACAACGCUUUUCUAC